AUGUCAUCUGCUCCAUCUUUAAAAGACACUACCACCACACUAAUUCCAUCGGCAGUGUAUCAUUCAAAUACCUCGCAAACCACCAUCAAACUUGAACCAGGUCCUGGCCCCCACUCCACCAUUGGUAAGACUUCUGGUCCUAGUGAUUAUGUUAUGAAUGCCGGCAUGGUCGAUAAGGAUGUCCCAUCUGCUCCAAGUUCCACCAAUUUGGGGGCGUUAAGAUCACAAUUGACAAGUUUACAAGAUGUGAUCAAUUUGUAUUUGACCGAUAGAAUGAAAAAGAAUGUUGCCGAAGAAAAAGAUGUUGAUAUGGAUAAUUUGAUUGGUGAGCAGGAAGACGAAGAAGAUGCUGAAUAG